CAGCCUAGUCCAGGCAAGCUCUGGCACCUGCUGCUCUCAAGAAACCUCGACACGAUGGUGUUCUCAUUUUGGAAGGUGUUCCUGAUCCUAAACUGCCUUGCGGAUCAAGUUAGUAUGGUGCAAGUGACCAUCCCAGACAGUUUCGUGAAUGUGACUGUUGGAUCUAAUGUCACUCUUGUCUGCAUCUACACCACCACUGUGACUUCCCUGGACAAGCUUUCCAUCCAGUGGUCUUUCUUCCAUCAGAAGGAAAUGGAGCCAGUUUCUCACGGCCCGUGCCUCAAUACUGAGGGUAUGGAGGAAAAGACAGUCAGUCAGUGUCUAAAAAUGGCGCAUGCAAGAGACGCUCGGGGACGAUGUAGCUGGACCUCUCAGAUUUACUAUUCUGAAGGUGGCCAAGCUUCAGCCAUAGGGAAAUUCAAAGAUCGAAUUGUAGCAUCCACCAAUCCAGGAAAUGCAUCUAUCACUAUAUCCCACAUGCAGCCAGCAGACAGUGGAAUGUACAUCUGCGAUGUUAACAACCCUCCGGAUUUUGUCGGCAAGAACCAAGGCAUCAUCAACGUUACCGUGUUAGUCAAACCUUCUAAGCCCUUUUGUAGCAUCCAAGGAAGACCGGAAACAGGCCACCCUAUUUCCCUGUCUUGCUUUUCUGCACAUGGAACACCUUCUCCAGUGUACUACUGGUACAAACUUGAGGGAAGAAACACCGUACCAGUGAAAGAAAGCUUCAACUCAGUCACUGGGAUUUUCGCUAUUGGGAAUCUGACAAAUUUUGAACAAGGUUAUUACCAGUGUACUGCCAUCAACAGCCUCGGCAACAGUUCCUGUGAAAUUGAUCUGACCUCCUCACAUCCAGAAGCUGGGAUCAUUGUUGGUGCCUUGGUUGGUACUCUGAUAGGUGCUUCCAUCAUUGUCUCUGUGGUGUUCUUUGCAAGGAACAAAGCAAAGGCAAAGGAAAGGAAGAGGAAUUCUAACACCACGACAGAACUUGAACCAAUGACAAAGAUAAACCAAACCAGAGAGAGUAAAGCAAUGCCAACUGAAGAUGCUGUCCAGCUAGAAGCAACUCUGCCACACAACAUUCAUGACAUAGACCCUACUACUAUCUUGGAGCCGGACCAUGAGCCUAACCCACAGCCAGAGCCUGCUGCACAGCCUGUCCCAGGACUGGAGCCUAUGCCAGUGUCUGAGCUUGAGAUGGAUCCGGAGCCAGAGCUGGAGCCAGUGCUAGAACCAGAGCUAGAGCCUGAGGUUUUAGUUGAGCCCCUGCAUGAUGAGGGAAGGGGUGUGGUUAAGACAUAG